AAAGAAAUGUAUGUGUGCUUAUCUUUGUGCCCUCUUUUAUUAAUAUGGGUGGAGUUUGUAAUUCGAAAGUGUUUGUAAGAGGCAUUGUGCAGGGGUGGGGUGUUCAGCACUCUUUGGCUGGGCUUGACCUAAAUAUGUAGUUGUAUAAUAACAGGAGCAGCUUCAAGCUCUGUAUCACUAAACAGGAGGUGGUGUGUGUAUAUAAGCUUGCAAGUAAGUAAAGCUCUUCCCAUGUGCAUACCUGUCUUGAGCACACUGUCCAGUUUAUUGGACUGCAGACAGUUAAAAAUUUGGGAUUUUCAGUGAAAGAGUAGGUUUAAAAUGUAAGUUAAUGACAGGAUGUUUCAAUUUGGUCUAAUUAUACCCUUCCCUGCAUGCAGGUUUGAAAACGCGGAUGCUGUUACAUUUAGCCUGAGUUUUAGGUCUCCUGCAGGAUCAAAGCAGUUUGUGUCUCCAGUUCUCUGGAGGGAUGAGUUUCAGGAAAAUGGUUGAGGCAGGCAUUUGAUUCUUUAGACUCAGAUGUUUUAGAGUCUCUGGACCUCAUCUGCAGUCACACAGGUUGAUUUCUGUUUUACUACAAACCAGUGAAGAUGACACCAAAACAUGAAAAACAGGAAUUUGUAACUGUCUUGGUGCGAGACCCUAGGAUACAGAAAGAAGACUCAUGGCAUUCUUACAUAGACUAUGAGAUAUUUAUUCACACAAACAGCAUAUGCUUUACAAGGAAAACAUCCUGUGUCAGACGACGCUAUCGAGAAUUUGUUUGGCUCCGGCAGAGGCUUCAGAGCAAUGCAGUGCUUAUACAGCUACCUGAACUGCCAUCCAGAACUCCUUUUUUCAAUAUGAACAAUCCUAAUCACGUGGACCAUCGCCGUCAGGGUCUGCAAGAAUUCCUGGAAAAGAUCCUACAAGAUGCAUUAUUGCUCUCAGAUAGCAGGCUUCACCUCUUCUUACAGACUCAGCUGAGCCCAGAAGACAUGGAGGCCUGUGUGUCUGGGCAGACCAAAUACUCUGUUGCUGAUGCGAUUCACAGUUUCGCCUCUCUGAACAGACGUUUUCCUGUAGAAGAUGAAGAGAGAAAAAAAGGAAAAAACGAUGCAGACUCUGAUUCAGAGAGUUCAUCCUCCGGGCUCGGACCUAGUGAUGACAGCAUUUCAUGUGGAUGUAAAGCAAGCCCAGCUUCUGAAGAAUCAUGAAAAAUCAUUACUAUAUUGCUACCUUAAGGACAGCACAGAGCAAUUUCUGCUUUUUUUACUGGUUAUGUGUAACACACAAACAGGGCUGUCUGGUAAUGUGUACCUAAAAGACCCAUUGUUAAUGCAACCACAUGUCCUUAAAAAUACUCAAAACAGACCUCAACACUAUCUUUUUGGUGAUUUUAUUUUUUUUUUAAAUGUAUCGUGGUGCAGGUCUACAUGCUACCUAUUUAUGUUUUUGUGACUGUUAAAAUCUCAGUAUUGGGUAAGUUGUGCUAUUCUGACAUACAUGGCAGUUAAAAUAAUUCCCUCAGUGCAUGUCUUGGAUUUGAAAAAUAAAGAUAACUUAAUUCCUCAUCUUAAAAGUUGGUAUAUCAUAUCAAACAUAUUCAAAGCAUCUUCUAGUAAUUUGCAUCAGAGAAGUUUCAUCUUUAGAAGUCAUUUGACAUUGGUGAUGAAAUUACACACCCCACCAAGGUACUCACUUUUUAAAGUAGCUCAGCAACAUCAGCAAAACAACAUUAGUACAAACUAAAUGCUGCUGACAAUUUGAGAUAUAAAUACAUCUUCCUCUGGUCCUUCUGUAAUGUUUAUGGAAAGACUGGUUUUAUCAUGCGUAAGUACUGAAGGCAAAAAUUCUUGAGCAUGGUUGCUUAGAAGUUUAGAAAUAUAAAUAAAAAUUACAUCAUUUCUAGGCUUGCUGGAGAUUCUCAGCUCCCAGGGAAUUAUGGAUACUCAUUCCCAGUGAAAGUCCUGGAUGAGGUCCAUCGAAAGCAACGGCUGAAUUUUGCACUGACCUCACUCUCCUAGGGCCAGGAUUCCACCCAACGUGUUUAACUUCAGGCAUCUGUAUUUGAAGGUGCUGGUAGAGGUGUUUUAGUUCAGCAGCUGAAAUGGGGAGUAUCUCCCUCUGUGAGAUGAUGAUAAUCACAUGGAUGUGGCCCUCUCUACUCUCUGUGAGUAACAGGAGCUGCUCAUUUCAUUGUGGCAGUAGUUACCACGCUGGAAUAUUGACUUUUUCACAAACAAAAGGCAGGCUUGAACACAACUUCUUAACCACCAACACUUAUUUUGAUUAAACGUCAGUUUUGCUCUUUAUUGUUCACAGCAGCUGCGCAGUGUCUUGUCUCAGAUUCUGUCAAAGGAAUAUGUUUCACUGUGGUGUUGUAUUUAUAUUUGACAUUUAACUGCUAUUAAAAAGAGCUAGGGGUAGUUACCAGUCUAGAAAUGGAAAUAAAUACAUGCUUUUUUUUUUUCUUUCAUUUUUUUU